CCAUUGUAUUCUGCUCAGCCGUCUUUUAUUGUAAGCAAAUUAUCCCAUUUUUAGCACAAAUUCGGCGCGGUUGGAAGGUAUAAUCUUAGAGGAAGAGGGAUACUGUAACGGAAACUUUCGAGGUUCUCCAGUAAUAUUGGUAAUAAAUACGUUUUCUCAAGCAGUCCACAAAAUUACGAGCUUCUCUACACCAAGGUCCCAAUGCUUCUACUGCGAAAGAUUCAGCUACUGCCCCACUCGUCUUACUUGACAAAUUAACAUGGGAUGGUGCUAGAGUGUCAGUGCAGGUGGCAUCCCAAACUAGCAUUUGUCCUUUUGUCCAGGAAUCUUUCUAUUGGGCUAAUGAGUUUAAUUCUUUUGAUGGAAUGUCUAUAUUGUUUUCUUGAUAUUACAGAUAAGUUAUACUUACCUACGACCAUUGUACCGACCUGAGUAGCUGGCAUGAUUUUAUCGUUGUUUUCACAAAUUAUUCGUUUUCUGACUAUCUAGCCGUAUCUGAGAUAUCAAUCAAAUAAAAGGUAAAAGACCAUGUACAAUUAGUAGUAACUAGGCAUGUGAUAUUUACACUUCAUCUACACUAUCAAAGAAUAAAUAUUUCUGCGCUCAUUAAAAAUAAGUUUCUUAAUGAUCAUUUUCCAGAUAGUCUUUGUCGAAAAUGAAUCUCAGUUUAUUACCCCAUAUUUUUGCCGCACUCGUCACUGCAUCCUUCAAUUUCCUAUUGGGAAUAGGUGUACUUCACACGGCAAUUUUAUUGCCGUACUUCACACCUAACAACAAUGUCACCAGGGAAAAAUCAUUCGUAUUAUCUGACAGAGAAAGAACCUGGUUACUUAGCGCCCCGGCCCUAGUGUUGCCCAUAUCUGCCGCCCUUUCUGGGAUUACGAUGGAUAAUUUUGGGCGAUUAAACGCACUUAGACUCGCCGCGGUGCCUUACGCAGUAUCGUGGAUAAUUACAGCGACUUCGCAGAGCUUUGCGGCUCUUUUAGUUGGCAAAUGUCUGUCAAGUUCCUCUUACGGGUGGUUUGUCAAUGGGGCAUCCGUUUAUAUUGCUGAAAUAAGCCCCCCUAAUGUUAGAGGAAUGCUACUUCACAUUAAAGUAGCUUUCAUGGGUUCAGGUACAUUAACUGCUUUGGCAAUCGGUUCCAAAUUGCAUUGGCGAACAGCCGCCUGGAUUAAUUUGGGAUUAACGCCGAUACCAGUUAUUUUAUCUGCAUUUUUACAUGAAAGUCCUUUGUGGUUGGUUACCAAAGGACGAAGUCUCGAAGCACGAACAGCAUUGCAUGCAUUUCACAAACAUAAAACGUUUAAUAUUGAUAGGUGUGAUGCGAUAGAAAUGAAACUCAGUGCAAUACAAGAGCUACACGAGCGACAAAAUUUUACAGCACUGAAGAUGUGGGAAAAAAUGAAGUUUUUCCUCGAUCCUAAUGGAUACAAAAGGGUUUUGAUGGUGGCUGGUCUACGAUUUUUUCAAGAUUUUUCUGGCACGAGCUUUAUUUUCGGGAAUAUUGUACAAUUUCUCAUGGAUUUUGGUACAACCUACGACUCAUACCAGAUCGGCGUGUACAUCGGAAUCGCAAAGCUAAUCACGUCUGUCUGCAUGAUUUGGGUAAUGAAAAAACUGUCUCGCCGAAUCUUGAUGAUGAUCAGUUGCGCAGGGAUGUCAGCUUGCAUGUUAACGUUAGGAAUUUACGCCGGUUACAGCAUAGAGGAUCGGACGAAUUACCAAUUGAUCCCAUUGCUGGCAACCUCACUGUACUCAAUAGUUGCGAUAACAGGAAUGUUCGUUGUUCCAUACAUGAUUUCGGCCGAAGCAUAUCCAACGCAGGUUCGUGGAGUGGGCCAAUCUAUUUACAGCAUCUUUGGUUGCAUUACCGAAUUCUCCUCGAUACAAUGUUACUAUUUAUUACAAAACAUAGUACACGCGUCGUACCCAUUCUACUAUAUUUCUUUAAUUUGUUUAUUGGGUUGUGUGUACAUUUAUGUAUUUGUGAUUGAAACCCAUCGAAAAACUUUCGCCGAAAUUGAAUCACAUUUUUCCAACGAUUUAAGUAAACCGGCAAGCUUCAAGGGAGGGCGACAGGAACUAAAUUGUAAAGGAAACGAUGUACCACUCCUUUAACACACUCUACC